CGCCUUCUCCGCCCGCCUUCUCAGGCCAAGGUACCAGCCGGACGGCGUCUCCCUGGCUUUGUGUGUUGAUUGGCCGCCGCAUGCCGGACUCUGAUUGGCUAUGGAGGAUGCCUCGCUGGCCCGUGGCUAUGGAGGCGGCGGCGGCGGUUGAUGGUUGACUGUUGGCUCUCGGGUCAGGGUCGCUUCGGAGGAGACGCAUAAGGUUCUGCAGCUCGGCUGUCCCGGGGCGGCCGCGGCCUCGGCUCUCGCGGAGGGGAAUCCAGCUCGGGGCCGCCAUGCCGGCGGGGCGCAGUGAGCCGGACGGCGUCCUCAGCUACCAGAGGCCCGAUGAAGAGGCGGUUGUGGACCAAGGCGGAACCAGCACGAUUCUCAAUAUUCACUAUGAAAAAGAAGAGCUGGAAGGGCAUAGAACUUUGUAUGUUGGGGUCCGGAUGCCUUUGGGACGGCAGAGCCAUCGGCAUCACCGAACUCAUGGUCAGAAGCACCGGAGACGAGGCAGGGGGAAGGUUGUCAGCCAGGGAGAAGAAGGCCAGGGGUCUCUUGCCCAUGACACACCUUCCCAGCGGGUUCAAUUCAUUCUUGGCACUGAGGAGGAUGAGGAGCAUGUGCCCCAUGAGCUGUUUACAGAAUUGGAUGAAAUCUGUUUGAAAGAAGGAGAAGAUGCCGAGUGGAAGGAAACAGCCAGGUGGCUGAAGUUUGAGGAAGAUGUAGAAGAUGGCGGAGAACGUUGGAGCAAACCUUACGUGGCCACUCUUUCAUUACAUAGUCUGUUUGAGCUAAGGAGCUGCCUCAUUAAUGGAACAGUGCUUCUGGACAUGAGAGCAAAUAGCAUUGAAGAAAUUUCAGACCUGAUCCUGGACCAGCAGGAACUGUCCAGUGACCUAAACGAGACCAUGAGGGUGAAAGUGCGCGAAGCCCUUCUCAAGAAGCACCACCAUCAGAACGAGAAGAAGAGAAACAACCUCAUCCCCAUCGUGCGCUCUUUUGCCGAGGUUGGCAAAAAGCAGUCCGACCCCAAUUCUUUGGACAAAAAUGGGCAAACGGUGUCUCCCCAGGCUGUUCCCGCCACGAAUCUUGACGUCAAAAAUGGAGUCAGUUGUGAGCAGAGCCCUGUGGAUCUGAGUAAGGUGGACCUUCAUUUUAUGAAGAAAAUCCCUAUUGGGGCAGAAGCCUCCAAUGUCUUGGUCGGAGAGGUGGAUAUCUUGGACCACCCCAUUGUGGCCUUUGUGAGGCUGUCCCCUGCUGUUCUUCUCUCAGGCCUCACAGAAGUACCAAUCCCCACAAGGUUCUUGUUUAUCUUGCUAGGACCAGUCGGAAAAGGCCAACAAUAUCAUGAGAUUGGCAGAUCCAUGGCCACCAUCAUGACUGAUGAGAUUUUUCAUGAUGUGGCCUAUAAGGCAAAGGAACGUGAUGACCUCUUAGCUGGUAUCGAUGAGUUCUUGGACCAAGUGACUGUGCUCCCCCCAGGCGAAUGGGAUCCAUCUAUUAGAAUUGAACCACCCAAAAAUGUCCCUUCCCAGGAAAAAAGGAAGAUGCCUGGGGUUCCAAAUGGAAAUAUUUGCCAUGUUGAACCAGAGCAACAUGGUGGCCAUAGUGGUCCUGAACUUCAACGUACAGGGAGGCUCUUUGGGGGGCUGGUGCUGGACAUAAAGCGGAAGGCCCCCUGGUACUGGAGUGACUACCGCGAUGCGCUGAGUCUGCAGUGUUUGGCCUCCUUCCUCUUCCUGUACUGUGCCUGCAUGUCACCUGUGAUCACCUUUGGGGGACUGCUCGGAGAAGCAACCGAGGGACGAAUAAGUGCAAUUGAAUCUUUAUUUGGCGCCUCAAUGACUGGAAUAGCCUAUUCCUUGUUUGCUGGGCAGGCUCUCACCAUCUUGGGAAGUACGGGACCUGUGCUCGUGUUUGAAAAGAUUUUGUUCAAGUUCUGCAAAGACUAUGCCCUCUCGUACCUGUCCCUCCGAGCCUGCAUUGGACUGUGGACUGCCUUCCUCUGCAUUGUCCUUGUGGCGACGGAUGCCAGCUCUCUUGUCUGCUAUAUCACCCGUUUUACUGAAGAAGCGUUUGCCUCAUUGAUUUGUAUCAUUUUCAUCUACGAAGCAAUAGAGAAACUGAUUCAUCUGGGGGAAACCUACCCCAUCCACAUGCACAGCGAACUGGAUCACCUUAGCCUUUACUACUGCAAGUGUACUAUCCCAAAGGACCCCAGUAAUCACACGCUGCAGUACUGGAAGGACCACAACAUUGUGGCAGCAGAAACCAGCUGGGCCAACCUGACCGUCAGUGAGUGUCAGGAGCUGCAUGGAGAAUUCACAGGAUCUGCUUGCGGCCACCACGGACCUUACACCCCUGACGUGCUUUUCUGGUCCUGCAUCCUCUUCUUCACCACUUUUAUCCUCUCUAGUACACUAAAGACAUUCAAGACAAGCCACUAUUUCCCAACCAGAGUACGCUCCAUGGUGAGUGACUUUGCGGUUUUCCUCACCAUCUUCACAAUGGUGAUUCUCGAUUUUUUAAUCGGUGUCCCAUCCCCGAAGCUCCAGGUCCCAAGUGUGUUUAAGCCCACCAGGGAUGACCGGGGCUGGAUCAUCAAUCCCAUUGGCCCCAACCCCUGGUGGACGGUGAUCGCCGCCAUCAUCCCGGCUCUCCUGUGCACCAUCCUGAUAUUCAUGGACCAGCAGAUCACGGCUGUCAUCAUUAACCGAAAAGAGCACAAGCUCAAGAAGGGCUGCGGCUACCACCUGGACCUGCUGAUGGUGGCCGUGAUGCUGGGCGUCUGCUCCGUCAUGGGCCUGCCCUGGUUCGUGGCGGCCACCGUCCUCUCCAUCACGCACGUCAACAGCCUCAAGCUGGAGUCGGAGUGCUCGGCGCCGGGGGAGCAGCCCAAGUUCCUGGGCAUCCGCGAGCAGAGAGUCACGGGGCUCAUGAUCUUCGUGCUCAUGGGCUGCUCCGUCUUCAUGACGGCCGUGCUGAAGUUCAUUCCCAUGCCGGUGCUUUACGGAGUUUUCCUCUACAUGGGAGUUUCCUCGCUCAGAGGGAUCCAGUUUUUUGAUCGCCUGAAACUCUUUGGGAUGCCGGCGAAGCACCAGCCCGACUUCAUCUACCUGCGCCACGUCCCUCUGCGCAAAGUACACCUCUUCACCCUCAUCCAGCUGACCUGUCUGGUCCUGCUGUGGGCCAUCAAGGCAUCCCCAGCCGCCAUCAUCUUCCCCAUGAUGGUUUUGGCCUUGGUCUUUGUCCGGAAAGUCAUGGAUCUCUGUUUCUCUAAACGAGAACUGAGUUGGCUUGAUGAUCUCAUGCCUGAAAGCAAGAAGAAGAAGCUAGAUGAUGCCAAAAAAAAGGCCAAGGAAGAAGAGGAGGAGGAGAAAAUGCUAGAAAUGGGACCAGACAAAUUUCCCUUGGAGAGCAGAAAGUUACUGAGUAGUCCUGGAAAGAAUAAUAAUUUCAGAUGUGACCCUUCUGAGAUUAAUAUUUCUGAUGAAAUGCCUAAAACUACAGUCUGGAAAGCUCUUAGCAUGAACACAGGAAGUGCCAAGGAAAAGAGUCUUUUCAACUAAGCAUCUUUGCUGGGAUGGAAGAGAUGGCCUGGGAGGUACCUCAGGGAAGUGCCAGGAGACAGAGAAGGGAGCAAGUUUCUUAGAAAUGAAGCAAGACUCAUCCUGGCCCCUUCUUCAUUCAGAUAACUGGAUUCCUAUUAAAGCCACACAGAAGUGUUCAGUUAUUCUCAGUGCGCUUUAGAGAGCAUCCGGCCAUCCUCAUACCAACAACCAGUCCCCAGGUAUGAGCCUGGAAGGAAACGGAAGAAAACCUCUUGGUCAUCCCUCUUCCUCGUCCUCCUUCUCCCACAAUGCUGGUGACCAGCAGUCACCACCACUGACAGUCAAACAUUCCAUUUUUCAGACACUUCUUCUGAAAUUCUUUCUCUGCCGACCAGUUGAAUACCAUGAAUCUCCUCCUCCUCCGGCUGCUGAAGAGUCCCAUCAGCCAGUCCUCCCUGGGGCCAGGAGAGGAUGGGAGGGAAGAGCCCUCCGACUGCAGCUGCCUCUGCCUUGCUGGACCACACAGGCAGAGUACAAAACGAGGGGGGUGGGACAUCACACAGGGUUUCCUCUUUGGCCAGUCCUCUGGUCUAGGGAUCUUUUAAUCGCGUGGCAGGCGUGGGGGGUUAGGCUUCUGACACACUGCCUGCCACUAUGGGGGGCCCAGAAGGGGCAAACUCAUAGCUUCAUAGCAGCACCGGCACUCUUGGUUGAUAAUCUUGGAAAGUAAAAAAUGGCAAAGGAGAAUUGAGGCUCUUUAUAAUAGAGAAGAGAAAGCUGAAGGGGAAAUGGAUGAUUUUUAAAAUUUGUUCUAAGAGGAGAUUAUUUGAAUGAUGAUAAUUUGCUUUUCUCAGUUUUCACUGAGAGCAGAAUGAGAGACAGCGGGGGGAGAGAGAGAGAGUUUAGAGUGCAGCAGAUUUGAUAGAGCAUCUCUUCUUUUUUUGGCAGAUUGAUAAGAGAAGGGCAGGUCAUUAUCUUUUGGGAAAGCAUUUUGUAAACCUUAAAGCAUAAUCCUUCCCAUAAAUAGGGAGAAGUGAUUCUCAAGUCUCCUUCAAGCGUGGGGAGGUCUACAAAAAUCACUUUAUUGACCAUGUUAAGGAAAUGUCAAUGUCUCCAUUAAUUAUUGCUUUGUGUGAGCACAUUCUGGUGCCACCCCUGGAGAGAUUCAGUGUUUGUUUAAGUUGCCUUAGCUGCCUUAGUAGCAAACAACUGUAGGCAAUGGACAGAGUGGUUCAGGCAUCAUCUUGAAUCUCUUCUCAUUUUUCAAAAUUCAGCCUUUCACAUCUUGCAUACAAAAACCCAACUGGAAACAAAGCUGAAAGUGAUGAGAUGAAUUUUAAUAUUUAAUUUAAGAUCAAUAUUUGUAGUUAGUCUGCGCUCUCCUUCAUGUUCAAAAGCAACGUCGGUUGUUUUUACUCUAGUGCUUUUGGGAUUGAUCAUCUAUUGCUCACAAAAUGUAUUGGAGUAAAUGAAAAUCACACCAAGAGCAGUCUACAGAGAAUUUGGUUGUGUUAUAUACAGGCUAUUCUAGCACUGAAAUGCUUUGUUUGGUGGAGGUUGAAGGAUGGAUUGAGAGUGGUCAUCUUUAAUGGUAGAGAAGAGACCAACGAAGGGAACAGGCUCCCCAGGGCCACUGUAGCUUUCUCAAGUGAAGCUGCUUUUCUCCGUGCAUCUCGCUUUCCCUUCAGCCUUAUUCUGCUUUCCAUUAGCUCUCCUUCUUUCUCAGUUUGGCCCCUCCCUCUACCUCCACUCCUUUUCUUCUCCACAUCUCAUUUCACCUUCUCCAUGGACCAAUGGACAAAGCCCUUGACCAGAGCAUCUUACUAAAAAUAAACCAAGGGGGAGAAAUGUCGUAUGUCUCUAUCAGCAGAUGCCUGGUUCAGAUAAUCAACCUAUGAGCUGGCCCAUGGUUAAAUAGUCAAGUUCAUGUAACUUCAGCUCUUUCAGAAGCCAUUUGGAAAAUCUCUUGCAUUCAUUAGCCAACUGCUCUGAUGAGUGAUCUUUUCAAAAUGGAGCUGCUGCAAGUCAACUCAGAUCUUUCUUCAGUGAGUGCUAAAGUACAUGUGACACUCAAAUUUAACAAUAUGUAGGAGUCCAGAGGCCCCCAAAGGUAUUGCUUUCCCAUAUAUGCUAUAGCAGUAUAUUUUUUCUCGGCUCCUGACAUGGUUUGGGAGUGGGGACGGGACUGGUAAACAUGGGAAGGGGAGGAAAUUGGCUUCUUUCUCAUUUAUCCUUUUUAAGUGUCCCCCAAUUUGUGAUCUCUUCUUCUCCCUUACCCCCAGCUCCUUAAAAAACCAACAAACCAAAACAACUCACUCAUGUUGUCAGUGCCACAGGAUUGGUUGUAUCUGGAGAAAAUCACUCAACAAAUACAAAAACCCAUAUCACUUAGAGAAUUGCCUCUCUUUUAAGGCAAUAAUGUAUCUUUUUAGACUCCAAGCUCUUAGAGGGCAGGAAACAUGUCUGCUUAAAUCUGUUAUAACUGCUUGACACAUACUGAGCCAGAUCUUACAACUUCCUGCUCUUUCUUGUCCUCACUAUCAUCAGUCUCAGCCCUUGCUUCUUUCCAGCUCAGGUGGGUGGAAGUGGUAGUAAGAUGUGGUAUACGAUGAGUUUACUCUUGGGUUGGUGAAGGAAAAACAAAGAAAAUGAUUUAAAAAGAGGAAAAAAAAGAGAGAGUAUGGAUGUAUGGUAAGAAAGUAAAUGUGUCACCAUCAUCACUGCCAUAAAAACAAACAAAACAAACACACUAACCUUCCUUAAGCACUUUAUUAGUCCAUGACUACUCCAGAGGUUUUUUGUUGUUUUUUUAAAAAAAUAAUAUUUAGAAAAUAUGUUUGGGUUUCCUAGUUUCAGAUUACUCUAGAAUUUAUUCAGUUUAUUCAGUUGAAGGAAGACAAAAACAGUAGCAUUUUUGGACACACAUGAAUAGACAAUAAAAGUGAAUAUAUAUUAAGGCUAAGUACCUGUUUUAGGUAGUAGAGAACAACUUAGGGAAGUAGCUAACUGUUCCUUGAACCAGGAGGAACCAAAAAAGUGGUUAUUUUCCAAGUGGCUGGGAAAACUUGGAAGUGAGAAAUUUUAGGCAGAAAUUAUACGUGAUAGGUUGGCAAUAGAGUGGUAAGAAGGAAGGAAUCCCAUUUACUCUUCCUAAACCUUGGACUACAAUAUGGCAGGCACUUAAUAUAAAGCUUGCUGUAUGAAUGGAUGAUUGACUCAGUGAUUGAAAGAAAGUAGGAUUAAAUGCAUUGCCAGUAGUAGGGAAAACAUUUUUUCACCUCUUUAAGGCUCAAAGGAACAUGGCAAGAUUGGGUGUUAAGGUGGGCAGAUAUUGAUAUAUAUUAUACUUGUGGCUAUAUAAUAUCACCACCCUCCAAUAACAUGUUUGUAUCAGGAGUAAAAGAUUUUCCUGCUCCUCAUAUAUCUAUCCCAUAUCAGCUUAACUUGUUUCUAGAACUUUGCUUUUUGAGGGGUCUGUGAUAUAAAAAGUGAACAGCCAGCAUACCCCACCAAAGAGAGUUUGAAUUCUUUCUCAGAUGCCUAAAUGGAUCUUUGAGCUUAUCAGAUGUGGACUCUUUCUCCAACUAUGCUGAUUGAAAUCCAUGCAUACUUGUCCAUCCUUGUCCUCCCAUAAAUUCCUAGGAGACCACCCAAAAUACCCAGGCCUUCCUUUAUGGACCCUGAAACUACUAUUUAAUUGUCAUUGCAGACUAAACACACACCAGGCCAUAUUUAUAGCUUCCGUGAGUUCUUUGGUCUCAGAGAUCCUUCAAGGGUCCCUGGCUGGCAGGCUGAGUCACUUCCUAGGGCUUCCUCAGCUACUAUGCCCUCAAUUUUUCCAAGUUUCUCAAAUGCCAGUAGGGCAUUUAGCAGUUCUUUUUGGGUCUUCUCCACUGAUUUCCAUAUCUGUCUUCUGCCAGUCUUCCAAGCCUUCCUUGAGGCAGGAGAUUCCUGCCUUCCUCACUGGCUCUGGGACACUUCCCAGCCUUCUCAUGUGUGCUUCACGUGUUUCUCAUUUUGCUGAUCAUGUAUUUCAGUAACUUCUUUUGGGGCUUGUCUGGGAUUGGUGUUUCAAGGCAUAUUUGACAUCUCAAGAUUCUAUCUCAGCCAAGUAACUCUCUCCAAAAUCUAGUUCUCUUCAACCUUAAUUUGAUUUACGUUUCUCAGAUCUCCUGUGUACUAGAAAUGCCUUAGAGCACUGGUUGGCAGAUCCAAAUGUUUUUUUACUUUUCUCCAGCUUUUACUCUUGUAGCUUUUCUAAGCUCUCCUCUUUUUUUUUAAGGAGGUCUGGUGAACUCAGUUUCCCUUCUGUCUUCCCUCAUUCUUUCACAGUAGUCAUAGGUUCUUAAAUAAUUUCUAUACCAGGCAAAGUGUGAUCUAGAGAGUCAGCAACUUAACAAAAGAGGGAUAGCACUCUUGAGGCCUACUUUGGAUCCAGAAUACCAGCAUGGAUGAUGCUAUCCAUCACCAAUGGGGAUACAGGGAGAAGUUGAAAGUGCAGUGGGGGUGGAGGGGACUGGAUAGGAAAGCUCAGUGGCUUUCCGGCUCCUCCACAAGGAGGUUAUAACAAUAAAGCUUCGUUAUUUGG